AUGAAAAAAGCUGAAUCAGAGAAGAGAAAAUGCAAAAAUGAAGAAGAGGAGGAGUAUCAAAAUUACAUUGACAAUGACUUUGCAUUUAGAGAGGAUAAUAUCGAAGAAAUUGAAUACAGAAAGAAAAAGGACAAUUACAUAGCAAUUGACAAAAACUUGCUUGAUUACAAACAUAAUACGUAAUCCAUAAAAUCUCAUCAUGUAAAGGGUAAAUUAUCUGAAUAUUCUCAAAAUCCUGCAGAAAGCCAUAAACAAAGAUAAAAAAGCUAAAAUCAAGAUGAAAUAAAUUCAAAUAAAAGCCCAAGGGUAAUUAUACCUACUACUCUGUAAACUGUUGAGAGAGUUCUAACUAAGUCUAAUUCAAAUGAUAACCUCUCUAGGAUCCAUAAGGGUCCUCUGAGUUAGAGAUCUAAUAAUUCUAACUAGAGCAAUUAAACAGAUGUAAAUUCAAGAGUCAAAUAAUAAUUAAAGUAUGCGAAGAAAUUAAUAGCUGAGCGCAGAGUUAGAAGUAUUCAAAAUUAAUUUCAACAAUAGUAUCAGCAACAAUCUUAAAAUGAGCCAUAGUUACCUUAAUUUAUAACUUCCGGAAAUAACUAGGAUUUUAGCUUUGGUGGUUAUCACCAAAGUGCUAAUAUAAAAAGUUAUAGAGGAAGUUUAUUAGAUCCUUAAUAUCCAACUAGUGAUGAUGGCUCAUCUUAAGGAAAAAGAUCGGCAAAAUCUUAAAACGAGCAAAGUUUGAAUCAUCUUCCAAAGAGUAAACGGAGGGUAGUAAAGGAACGUAAAAUGCACACACCAAUCGAUGAAUUAUAGGAGGAAGAUGAAAUUUCAAUAAAUGAUAAUCUUAGUGAUGAUGAAUACGAUGAUGCUUAAGGUCUUGAAGAGCAACAAGAACGAUAAGAAAGAUAAAACAGUAAAGCUAGAAAUACCUAAACUCCUUCAUUCGUUGAAAACUCAGGUGGUUAAGCUUCAAACAUUCCCAAUAUACAUAUUCCAAAUCCAAUUACAAAUAACAAAAUGGAGGAUUUGAAUGAAUACUACAAAAAGAAUACAGUAUCACCAAAACCAAUGGUCUCAAAGGACUAAAUAAAGGACUUUCAAAAAAAUUUUAAGAGAAAAAUUCUUCUCAAAUAAAUAAUUAAAAAUAAUGAAAUAAUAAGGAAAGAUGAUGAAAUAAAGAUACCCAUUGAGAGACCAAAAUCUUGUGACAAAGUUUCUUCAGGGACUUAAAAUGUUAACAUUUAUAUUGGUAACUACACAAAUUUAAACAUAGAUCCUUAAGUAUUUUACCAUCCUUAAUAAUAACAAGUAGAUUAGUAGGAUUUAAAUUCAAUUUUAUAAAAUUCUAUGGCUUAGGCUAUUCCAUAGUAAAACACAUUAAACUUAAAAAUUCAAGAAUUAGCUAAGAAACAGGCUUUAAAUUCCUAGACUAGUUCUUUGCUUAAGAAAUUUUAGAAAAUUUAGUCAAAAUAAAUUACUAAAACGAUGCAGAGCUAAGAAGUUUUUGAUAUGCCCACGGCUUCUCAAGCACAGAAUACAAUACAAAAUAUGACUAGAAAUGACUUCUUGUCCUAAAAUUCAUCCAACUUUAAUCACAUUUUAUUUUCAAGUGGAUCAAUGAGCGCUAGAACUAAUAAUAAGUCUUAAAGAGGAGAAAUUUAAUCAAAUCUUAAACAAGUUUAAUACAAAUAAAACUAGCCAUUUGUUAAAACACUAAAUGCCUAAGGUUCUUAGUCUAAUUUAUCAAAAGUAAAAUCAUAAAUAAUGGGAGAGUCAAUAGGAAGAUAAUCAGUAAAUAUGCAAUAACAAAAUAAUGUGCUUUAGAAUGUAUCUUCGUUAAAUAAUAUCACACAAACUCUUAAUAAGGGUAUAACAACAAGGAAUCAGGCAUAUUAAUGCGGAAAUUUGACAGCGAGACCUUCAACCUAAGUGAAACAAAGACCAGUCACUAAGAACUCUUAUGGCAUUCUUUAUUAAUCUACAACAAGCAUUGGACAAACUUAAAGUAAGGUUAUCGUCACAGGAGGAGUACCUUUAACUUCAAGAGCUGGAGAAAGAUAUCAAGGAGAGGAUAUUAACAGAGUCUCAAAAGGAAGUUCGAGUAGAAACAGAAGAGCCAGCAAUAAAUAAUAGAGUAGUAGCAAUAGCAAUCUUAAUUUAGAUUGA